CGCGCAAGUGAGUUUGUUUCCGGUCUCUCGUAUAUGUGAAACUCAUCUGAUCAGCCCAUGAGUGUUUGAAACGACGAGUUUGGAUUUACACACACAACUGCCUAACUUCAUUCUUUUAAAGGAUAAAGUACAAACGACUUGACUGCAAAGCGAUGGACUAAAAUUAACUAACGUACUUCGUGAAGUUUCGUUUUCGCAGCACAUAUGUGUGGAUGAAGAAGAAGAGAGAGUGUGUGUGUUUAUCGCCAUUGAACUACAGGUUUCUGUAAUGACUGGUUAGUGUGAGGAUAAUGGAAACGAAGGCACAGGUGUUAUAUGACUUCACGGCCGAGCCUGGAAAUAAUGAGCUGUCAAUUCGAGAGGGUGAGACAAUCACCAUUACCAAUCAGAAUGUUGGUGGAGGAUGGAUCGAGGCUCGAAAUUCCAGAGGAGAUGUCGGACUGGUACCAGAGGACUAUAUUGAGGUAAACAAGGCACAACUUACAAUCUCUGGAGGAAAUGCUGCUCCUCUCGACCUCUCGUUUUUCGACAGUCACAUGCCGACCCCGGCCAGCAGCGCACAGGUGGAUUUAGCUCAGGCGGAAACCCCAGUCACCCCAGUUACCCCGGUCUUCUCUUCCACCUCUCCUGAUGAGACGAGUAACGGUAAUGACCCAUGGGCAGUGUUUGACAAUAACGCCUCUGGGGGAUUUUCAAACAACUGGGCGGCUCAACCAGAGGGCACAGAGACGGGCAAAAACAGCAGUAAUGCAUGGCAAUCUGGGGGACACGGACAUCCACAGGCCUAUCAGGGUCCAGAUAUUUAUCCAUACCCAUGUCUUAUCGACCUCUCAGGUGCAGAAGACGAUGAAUGGGAUGAGGAAUGGGAUGACGUGAAGUCAUCGGGGGGCUACAAUGAAUCUGAGGCUGGAGAGGGCGGAGGCCUUAACAGGGGCGGAGCUCAUGGUACAUCUAUGAAAAUUGCCCUCAACAAAUUUCCUGGUUUCUCUAAAACAGGUCCUGAUUUGUAUCUCCUGUCCAAACAGCCCGCCAAAGGAACCAAGUUGCCUGUUUAUAUAGGAGAAGUGGGCCCAGUUUGGUCAUAUCCAGAGACUCAGUUGGACUGUGUUGUAGCCGACCCCAAAAAGGGCACCAAAAUGUACGGCCUGAAAAGCUACAUUGAGUACCAAGUCACGCCCACCACAACAAACAAGCCUGUCAAUCACAGAUACAAGCAUUUCGAUUGGUUAUACGAAAGACUUUUGGAUAAAUUCGGCUCGGCUAUACCGAUUCCCAACCUACCUGACAAGCAAGUGACAGGGCGAUUUGAGGAGGAGUUCAUAAAAAUGCGCAUGGAAAGGCUUCAGGGCUGGAUGUCAAGAAUGUGCCGGCAUCCGGUCGUCUCCUGCAGUGAAGUCUUUCAGCUCUUUAUCUCCUACAAAGAUGAAAAGGACUGGAAGACGGGUAAGAGACGAGCCGAGAAAGACGAGACCGUCGGCGUGAUGAUCUUCUCCACAAUCGAGCCCGAGGGAGCACCGGACCUGGACCUGGACAAGGUAGAGCAGAAGUGUGAGCAGUUCAGCCGUUUCACCAAGGCGAUGGAUGACGGGGUGAAAGAUUUGCUGAAUGUAGGGAACGAACACUGGAAACGCUGUACAGGUCCCUUGCCAAAGGAAUAUCAGCGGAUUGGCAAAGCUUUUCAGAAUCUGUCGUCCGUGUUCAACAGCAGUGGAUAUGAAGGUGAAGCCACACUGACUGAUGCACUGACGGCUGCAGGAAAGACCUACGAGGAGAUCGCUCAGAUGGUAGCAGAGCAGCCGAGGAAAGACCUUCACUUCCUUAUGGAAACCAACAAUGAGUACAAAGGUCUGCUGGGAUGCUUCCCUGAUACUAUUGGAGUUCACAAGGCUGCUAUUGAGAAAGUUAAAGAAGCGGAUAAACUAGUGGCCACCAGUAAAAUCACCGCGUCAGAAAAAGUCACCAUGACUAAACGUGUCAGCGUUAUGUCUUACGCUCUUCAAGCCGAGAUGAACCACUUCCAUAGCAACCGUAUCUAUGACUACAAUCAUGUGAUGCAGCAGUACUUGGAACAACAAGUGAAAUUCUAUGAGACGAUCGCAGAGAAACUGCGGCACGCACACAGUCAGUUCACUAUGAUGUAAGGAUGUGGGUUGAGCUUCUGAAAACUGCCUCACUUUUCUGUUAUUUUCCCUUAUUAUAUUUCUGUCGCCUCUUUUCUCUGUGUUAUUUGUGUCACAUUGUCAGUGCCAUUAAAAGAUCUCAUCAAUCUCAGGCCAAAGAUAGAGUUUAGUGCAAAGUGUUUUAAAAAUAAGCAGCUAUAGAUUUUCUCUAAAACUAAAUCAGAUGUGGGUGAGGGCUUAAUUCUUGUAAUAAUCUCAUAUUGAUUUAUGAAUUCAUCACUUUUUGUUCCAAUAGUCAGUUGUGUGUCUCUUUUUCGGUGUUAGACAGUAUGAAGCACUGUAAAUUACUUUUAAGCAGAUGGCCUUAAUAUACAUGCCUGUUCAUUUUCUAGCAUUUAACCUCUGAGGCCAAGCCUACAUUCACUGUGCCUUUUUUUGUACGUUGUAUGCAAGAAAAACAUGCUUUUUAUCCACCGCACUUUACUACGCCGCAUCAAUUGCAUUAUUCUGUUUGUAGUUUGUAAUGGCCAGAACAACAUGAAGAUAGUUUUCAAUGAUAGGUUUUGGAGAUGCAGGAGGGCUGGUCCUUUUUCUCAUUACAAAUUAUAUUCAGACAAUAAGCACUGUUAUUUCUCUCGCUUCUCAAAGCCAAAUUACGGAGCUCAGCAUGUAAAAAAAAAAUUAUUCUUCCACCUCAAUUAUCACAAAUUUAUUAUCCUGUAAUAUUGAAUUUAUACUCCGAUGCAUGUUCUCCAGUUGUUCGUAUAUUUUUAUGUAUAGCAGUGUUUGCAAGACUUUUGCACACAGAAUGAUAUAAAUAUAAGAUUGUGAAUUAAUAAAUCCAGAUUUGUACUCAAA